GUCUAAUUAUAAGAAUGAUAAUUAACACAUCCCUUAAUAAAUCGACGACUCUAGAUCAGCCAUCCAGCUGUCUAUCUUCAUUUAAUUACAUAUAUGCUGCCCAUGCAUGCUUAGCUGGUAGUACGUUCUAUCUUGGAAUAUAACAGCGGUGUUAUUUAAUUUGUACAACCAUGCCACAGUAUAAAUAGAUGGACAAUUCCACACUAAUUUAAUCUACUCUCUCUAUGAUCUCUCUUCAAAAAUAUGGGGAAGCAGCUAAUUCCUGUCACUUCCAAAUACGUUGGAGUCACACUUCUUGUUCUGAUGCUGGCUCUGGCUUUUGGCCUGGCGCAGUCCCACAGGCUGCUGCGAGAAGUAUCAGCAGCUGAAGAUAAAAGAGGAGGAUCAAUGGAACACGAAAUUCCCGGCGGCGAGAUCGGAGGAAAGAAGUGCAAAGGUGGCGCCGGUGGCGGCAUGGGAGGCUUCGGAGGUGGUGGUGGCGGCAUGGGCGGCGGUGGAGGUGGCGGUAGCUACGGCGGAAGUGGCGGUGAAGGAAGCGGCGGCGGCGAAGGUAAUGACAGUGGCGGCGGCGGCUCUGGGUACGGCCAUGGGUUUGGAAAAGGGAUGGGCGGCGGGGGCGGGUCUGGGUUGGGCCAUGGGUUCGGGCAGGGGAUGGGUGGCGGUUCUGGGUUGGGCCAUGGGUUUGGAAAGGGGAUGGGUGGAGGAAUGGGGGGUGGGUUUUAGUUAAAAGGAUGUAUGCGAUUUGCAUGUGAUGCAUGGAGGAUUUAGGAGUCCGACGAGCAAUGUCUGGUCAUACUUAUUGUUGUGAGCUAAUAUAAGCUCCCUAUGAUGAUUUCUCCAUAAAUAAAACUUCGAGUCAUGAUGAGUUAUUGGGCCGUCAAAAGUCAAAACCUUGUUUUAGUCACGUCGUCGAAGCCCAUGUAAGCAUGUUUGUUGGGCCGAUUAUGUAGCACUCCAGUCUGGAUCUGGGUCUUCUGUAGCCAAUUUGGGCUCAAAGAACAAAUAACUACUGGGCUUUGAGUUAAUGAUUGUGGGUUGCUGAUGAUACAUUUCCGAGACGUAGGUAAUUAAUUAGUGAGAACGCGAUUCUGCCGUGUGUUAUUAUUUGUGCAGCUUGAAAAUUGAGAGCAAUCGAAAGCGAUACUGCCGCCCAUGUAGAUAAUGAACGUAAGUACGUAACUAGUCAAGUGGAGGAAGAAAGGAUCGCAAAUGGACACGACACGUUCAUCAGAAAAAGAAAUAUAUAUAUAUAUAUGAACGUUUCAUGCCGUUUGUCAUUUUGCCUCCAAUAUCGUCAAUUAAUCAAGUGUCGGGAUUAUUGGUUGAAUUAUUAAUUAAUACUUGAAGGUUUUGAGUUUUGGUGUAUAACAUGUGGUUAAAUAGUACUGCAUAAUUCUUUUUAGGCAAAAUACACUUCUAUAUCCAUAACUUUCACGUUUGUGACAAAUAUAUCCAUAACUAUCGAAAUACACGAAAUACCCAGAAAAGCGUACUAUCGUGUGACAAAUCUAUCCAUUUCCGUUACAAACUUUAAUGCCGUUUGUUACGGCGUCAGUAAAUGUGACGGAAUGCUGACUAGGACCAUACCCAUGCCACACCUAAACUCCAGGUCAGCAAAAUUUGACAUGUAGACGCCAUGUCAGCAAAAAAUAAAAAAUAAAAAAAAUUAUCUCUGCCACAUUGAUUUCUUCUCUCCCUUGCUCCAACAUCAAACAAAAGGAGGAAAGGGGAAAAACGAGUUCUGGGAAUUUUGAGAAGAAGUUGGCUCUUCCCCUGCCAACUGCUACCACUGAGAAGAAGUUUAUUAGGCAAAAGAGAUUUGGAUCCACAACCGCCGGCGGAAGCUCUUCACCACAUCAAUUUCGAGUAUCAGCGGCAAUGGUUGCAUCCACGUGCGUCUCCUCCUCCUACUGCUACUUCCUCCCAACCGCGCGCCUGAGAAAAUCGGCGAAUCCCAUUGCGCCGAAUCGGCGAGUCGGAGAAACACGCCGGCGAAUAUAGCUUUUUAAACUCUCGUAGACAGAAGACGAGGAGGAUAAGGUUUGUGGUCGGGUCGAGUUCGGGCAAGAAACCGGACAAACCAUCAUCGUCAUCGAUACCGUCUUGGACAGACCCCAAUUCGGACGAACCGCCUCCGUGGGCUACGGGAGAAGCCGCCAAAGUGACUACUGGCGGGGAAGAAUUUAAGAUCCCCUUCUUCGCUUAUCUCCUCGCCUCCGCAAUCACUGCAAUCGCCGUCGUAAUCUUAGAAAAGAAUACCCAAAUUGAAAUUCAAUCCUCCGCCAAGACCUGUAAUUUCUUGCAGAAAUCUCACGAUUGUGGUGCUGCUGGUGAUGCAGAUUGGGUCGGUGUUCGAGUACGUGAACCAGAAGCCAGUUUUCGGGGUGCUUGACCGACAGUUAUGAAUCCGGGUUGAAGGUUGGGAGAGAGAUUGACGGGGGGAUUCGAAGAAGAAGAAGGGGGGAGAUCGAAUGUUGGGACUGAGAUGCAAAGAAGAAGAAGGGUAGAUCUGAUGUUGGAAGAGAGAUUGAUGGGGAGAUUCAAAGAAGAAGGAGGAAGAUGGAAGGUCGCGUCUCUUUCUCUUUCUCUUUCUGUUUUUGUAUUUUAAUUUUUGUUAUUUUUUUCUUUACAAUCCAUGUCAUUUGGUGGGAUAAAUCAAUCGCCAACUCAGCUUUUACCGUUAGUCUAGUUAUACCAUCAACUGACGCCGUUAACAAAAUGGACGGAAGUGGGUAUUUUGUGUAUUUCGAUAUUUAUGGAUAUAUUUGUCACAAACGUGAAAGUUAUGGAUAUACAAGUAUAUUUUGCCUUCAUUUUAUUACGUAAGUUGAUAUGCUAUACUAUGAUAUGAUUGUAAUAUAAUGCUGCAUAAUUGUGAUACGACGAGAAUACGGUGUGUUAUUAUAUAGUAGUACAAUAUGUUAUAAUGACGAUGUUUGAAUGAUUAUUUAGAUAAGAUUUCGUAUGUAGUACCUGAUCCUCCUCUUGAGGUGAAGUUAAUACUAUAUCUAAGACUUUUUCUUCAUAAUGCAAGACCCGCCCUUAAUAACAGGCAACAUAAAUGUAUCGUUUGUUUGUAUUUGAUUUCGGAUCAACAAAAUAGUCGAAGCUUAUGUCAAUAGUUAAUGAGGAUAUUCGGUCUAGGUUAAUUAUUCUCGCAAAAUACUCAUAUUAUCAACUAAUAAGCAAUUCAUAUCAAAUUGAGGAGCAAAUUCUUUUGAAUUGAUGAGAUUCCUACAAGUUAAGUGCUUUGUGUUGUCUGAGUGACUUCGUGUUUUUAUAGUUAUUGAGGAUUAUGUGUCAAUUGAAGUCCAUAGAGCAUGAAAACAUUUUUAUUGGCUUCUUUGAGUAGUAUCAUCGUUAGGAGCAUACUCUGCCCAUAUGAAUAAUUGAUAAAAAUGUACAUUAGAGCAAGUAAUAUAAUCUACUCAACUCGGCCCCUUAAUCAAUCCAUAGACUUAUG